AUGAAGGACAGAAAAGUUGCAGAGCACUGGAUUUACAAAAGGGAGGGGUUCAGAAAAGUAGACUUCCCAACACACUGCAGUUAUGGACCAGUAAAUGAAGAUGAGCCUUUCAAAUGGCAAGGUGUGAUCAUGGGGCCUUCAUAUUCUCCUUAUGAAGGAGGUGUCUUUUUUCUCUCCAUCGAUUUACCACAAGACUAUCCUACCAAACCUCCCACCAUCAAAUUUUUAACCAAGGUUUAUCAUCCAAACAUUGGUGAGGAUGGGACAAUUUACAUAGACAUUUUGGAAGAAGAAGAAUGGAACCCAGUCCAGACCAUUGAGAGCCUGCUGCUCUCCAUAUGCUCACUUCUUAAUGAUCCAAAUCCAAUGGACCCUCUCAAUCCGUGCUGCCUUCUCUUCCGAACAGACAAACAGAAAGCCAUUGAAAUAGCAAAGGACUGGACUAGGAAGUAUGCAAUGUUACAUUAA